UACUACCACUACACCACAACACUGCACAACCAACACAGCAUGCUUUGUUCGAUCACCGUGCACCUCGCGGAUCGGAUCUGAUCUCAGAGGCGCAAUCGAAUCCAAUCGAAUCAACCAAACCCUCCCUUGUUCCCCUAAACCCCUUGUCAACCCUACUCACUGGUUCUUCUUAACCCCCAUUCUAGGGUUCUUAACUUCUUCCAUUUCCGUUUCCUAAUUCUUAAUCUUCGAUCAAUUUUCCUUUUUUGGUUUACAAUGAAGUUUCUGUGCGGUAAGAGCGUGCUCGAGUUUCCUCUCGCUGAAUUUCGCGAGCACGAUUGAAGAAAGAAACAAAGAAGGGAAAAACUGAAAUUCGGUCGGUUUUUUUGUUUUCUUCACUGAGAGUGGUUGCUAUUCCCUGAUUCCAGAGAAUGGCAGCUUCUCCCGUCAACUUCCUCUUUGGAUUCUUGCUGCUUUCUAUUACAUUGUGGCUUCUGUUCAUAUUUGCUUCUGGGUUGUUGGCUUGGAUUUUGAGCCGGAUUUUAGGAGCAUCUGUUGGAUUUCGUGUUGGUGGUUGGAAAUGUUUAAGAGAUGUGACUGUGAAGUUUAAAAAGGGUGCUAUUGAAUCGAUAUCUGUUGGUGAAAUUAAAGUCAGCUUACGGCAGUCCCUGGUCAAACUUGGUGUCGGUUUCAUGUCUCGAGAUCCAAAGCUGCAAGUGUUAAUCUGUGAUUUAGAAGUAGUUUUGAGGCCUUCAAAUAAAAGCAUUGGGAAGAAGAAAACUCGCAAAUCCCGUGCUUCAGGCAGGGGGAAGUGGAUGAUUGUAGGAAAUAUUGCAAGAUAUUUGUCAGUUUGUGUGACUGAUCUUGUUUUGAAGACUCCAAAAGCUACUAUUGAGAUCAAGGAAUUGAAUGUGGAUAUUUCUAAAGAUGGUGGAUCCAAUUCAAAUUUGUUAGUUAGACUGCAAAUUGUACCUAUUACUGUUUACAUUGGUGAGCCAAGGGUUAGCUGUGAUCAGUUAUCUAAUUUAAGUGGUGGAGGAUGCAGUGGACAAGAAUCCAUUACUGCUAUGGAAAGGUCUACUGCUCCUUUUGUUUGUGAAAAGUUCUCUGUCUCAUGUGAAUUUGGUCAUGAUAGGGAAGUGGGCAUAAUUAUUAGGAAUCUGGACAUUUCAAGUGGUGAAGUCACCGUGAAUUUGAAUGAGGGGUUGCUUUUGAAAAACAAGAGUUCAUUAGAGUCUUCUUCGGGGUCUGAAAAAAUUAUAGGGUCAAGUGUUGAUUCUCUGAGUGCAAAAAGGACAUCAAAGCAGCAGCAAACACUUGCAGCCUUCUCCAAGUAUGGUUCGAUGUUUCCUGAGAAGGUUAGCUUCAAUCUACCUAAGCUAGAUGUGAAUUUUGUGCAUCGUGAACAUGGUCUUUCCAUGGAAAAUAACAUCAUGGGCAUCCAAUUAAACAGCACCAAAUCACGAUCUACUGAGGAUGUUGGGGAGAGUACACGCCUCGAUUUUCAAGUGGAGUUUAGUGAAAUUCAUCUCCUCAGAGAAGCUGGUUCUUCCGUCCUACAGAUAUUAAAGUUGGAUUUGGUCUCUUUUGUGUAUAUACCAGUACAACCAAGCUCACCUGUUAGAGCUGAGACUGAAAUCAAGCUUGGAGGAACUCAGUGCAAUAUAAUAAUAAGCAGGUUAAAGCCUUGGUUGCUUGCCCAAUCUGGCCAAUCAUCUAAGAAGAAAAAGAUGGUACUUCGUGAAGAAUCUUCCGUUGUAAAACAUCAAUCAAGUGAUAUCAAGAUCAUCAUGUGGACAUGCAAUGUCUCGGCUCCUGAGAUGACAAUAGUUCUUUUCAAUAUGGUUGGCUCUCCAGUGUAUCAUGGUUGUUCUCAAUCAUCACAUCUGUUUGCAAAUAAUGUUUCUAGUAUGGGGACCGCAGUACAUGUUGAACUUGGUGAGCUAAAUCUUCACUUGGCUGAUGAAUAUCAAGAAUGCUUGAAAGAAAGUGUUUUUGGCGUGGAAUCAAACUCUGGCUCCAUUAUGCACAUUGCCAAGGUUAGUUUCGAUUGGGGGCAAAAGGAUGUUGAAUCCUCUGAAGAAGAUGGUCCCGGUUGUAAGCUAGGUUUAUCAGUUGAUGUGACUGGCAUGGGAGUUUUUCUAACAUUCAAGCGUGUAGAAUCACUUGUAUCAACAGCUAUAUCCUUUCAAGCGCUACUGAAAAGCUUAUCUGCUUCAAAGAGAAAAUCGACUCAGAGCCAAGGGCGUUUGACAAAACCUUCAGGGAAGGGAACUCAGUUAUUGAAGUUUAAUCUUGAAAGGUGUUCGGUAUAUUUAUGGGGUGAGACAUCCUUGGAAAAUACUAUUAUUCCAGACCCCAAGCGAGUUAAUUAUGGUUCACAGGGUGGUAGAGUUGUAAUAAAUGUGUCAGCAGAUGGUACCCCACGCAAUGCAAACAUAAUGUCCACUAUUUCCCACGAAUACCAGAAGCUGAAGUACUCCUUGUCUCUUGAAAUCUUCCAAUUUAAUUUGUCUAUGAACAAAGAGAAACUGUCCACACAGAUGGAACUUGAACGAGCCCAAUCUAUCUAUCAGGAGUAUAUGGAGGAAAAUAGGCCAGUAACAAAGGUGGCAUUGUUUGAUAUGCAAAAUGCUAAAUUUGUACAGCGAUCAGGCGGUCUUAAAGAAAUUGCUGUCUGUUCCCUUUUCAGCGCUACUGAAAUCAGUGUAAGGUGGGAACCUGAUGCACAUCUAUCGCUAAUUGAAUUUGUUCUGCAGUUGAAGUUACUGGUACACAAUAGGAAGCUUCAAGAGCGUGAUAAUGAACACAUAGGCGAUAUGUCUCACAUACAAGAUGCUAAUAGGAAAAAUGAAGGUACCAUUGAAUCAGGGCACCAUGAAAAGCAGAAGAAGAAAGAGUCUAUCUUUGCUGUUGAUGUUGAACUGUUAAGUAUAUCAGCUGAUCUAGGAGAUGGAGUUGAAGCUACGCUUCAGGUACAAUCAAUUUUCUCUGAGAAUGCUCGCAUAGGUGUGCUCCUUGAAGGACUCAUGCUUAGUUUCAAUGGGGCGAGAAUAUGCAAGAGUAGUCGGAUGCAAAUUUCGCGAAUUCCUAGUGUCACAUCUAGUGCAUCUGAUGUAAAAGGACAUGUAGUCACAACAUGGGAUUGGGUAAUCCAAGGUCUUGAUGUUCACAUUUGCAUGCCAUACAGAUUGCAAUUGCGUGCCAUUGAUGAUGUCAUUGAGGAUAUGUUACGAGGAUUGAAACUCAUAAUUGCUGCCAAAACUAACAUGAUUUUUCCUGUGAAGAGAGAGAGCUUGAAAGUUAAGAAACCUAGUUCGGUACAGUUUGGAUGCAUAAAAUUUUGCUUACGCAAAUUAACUGUUGAUAUUGAAGAGGAGCCACUGCAGGGAUGGCUUGAUGAACACUAUCAGUUGCUUAAGAAGGAGGUUGGUGAGUUGACUGUCCGGUUGAACUUUCUAGAUGAAUUUGCAUUGAAGGCGAAACAAGGUCCAAAAUCUACUGACACCAACAAUUCUCAUGAUAGAAAAAUCUAUUUUAAUGAUGAUGAGAUUGAUAUGAAAGAUUCUGCUACUAUUGAAUCCAUGAGAGAAGAAAUUUACAAACGAUCAUUCCGAUCAUAUUACCGAGCAUGCCAGAAUCUAGUGUUACCUGAAGGUUCAGGUGCUUGUGCAGAGGGUUUCCAAGCUGGUUUCAAGCCCAGUUCUUCAAGAACUUCUCUUCUUUCAAUAACUGCAUUAGACUUAGAUGUUAGCUUGAAAAAAAUUGAUGGUGGAGAUGCUGGAAUGGUUGAGGUUCUGAAGGAGCUCGAUCCUGUUUGCCUUGAGAAUGAUAUUCCAUUUUCCCGAUUGUAUGGAGCAAAAAUUCUCUUAAAUACGGGGUCUUUGGUAGUCCAGCUUCGGAAUUACACAUUUCCACUUUUCUCUGGAAGUUCUGGUAAAUGUGAAGGCCGUGUUGUGUUGGCUCAGCAGGCAACAAGCUUUCAGCCUCAAAUAUAUCAAGAAGUUUAUGUUGGGAGAUGGAGAAAGGUCCAGAUGCUUCGGUCGGCUAGUGGUACUACGCCACCAAUGAAGACAUAUUCAGACUUGCCAAUACAUUUUCAAAAAGGUGAGGUGUCAUAUGGGGUUGGUUAUGAACCAGGUUUUGCUGAUGUUAGUUAUGCUUUCACUGUGGCCCUUCGGAGGGCUAAUCUAAGUGUGAGGAAUCCUGGUCCACUUAUUUUGCCGCCAAAGAAGGAGCGGAGUUUGCCUUGGUGGGAUGACAUGAGAAAUUACAUCCAUGGAAAAGUUUCCUUACUGUUCUCUGAAUCCAGAUGGAAUAUUUUGGCUACUACAGAUCCUUAUGAAAAGGUUGACAAGCUUCAAAUUGUGACUAGCUCUAUGGAAAUUCACCAGUCUGAUGGCCGUGUUUUUGUUUAUGCUGAAGAUUUUAAGUUUCUAUUGAGUAGUUUGGAAAGUUUGGCAAACAGACGCGGUUUCAAAAUUCCAACAGGUGUCUCUGGUGCAUUUCUAGAAGCCCCGGUCUUUACUCUUGAGGUUACAAUGGACUGGGAUUGUGAAUCUGGAGAUCCCAUGAAUCAUUAUUUAUUUGCGCUUCCAGUUGAGGGCAAACCUCGUGACAAAGUGUUUGAUCCCUUCAGAUCCACUUCUCUUUCCCUGCGAUGGAACUUCUGUCUAAGACCUUUUCCUCCAUCAGGAAAACUGUGCACUUCUUCCAUUGCCAGGGGCAAUGUUGAACAAGAUCCUACAGUCUAUGAUCCUUCUCACAUAACCCAGAAUGUUUCACCUGCUUCCCCAACGUUUAACUUUGGUGCUCAUGAUCUAGCAUGGAUUCUAAGAUUCUGGAGCUUGAACUACAAUCCUCCACAUAAACUGCGAACUUUCUCUCGUUGGCCUCGUUUUGGUAUUCCAAGAAUUCCCCGAUCAGGAAAUCUUUCUCUAGAUAAAGUGAUGACUGAAUUUAUGAUGCGGCUAGAUGCCACACCAGCCUGUAUAAAGAACAUGCCUUUACAUGAUGAUGACCCAGCCAAAGGGCUGACUUUCACAAUGACAAAGCUGAAAUAUGAGCUAUGUUAUAGUAGGGGAAAGCAAAAGUAUACUUUUGAAAGCAAGCGUGACAUUCUCGAUCUUGUUUACCAAGGUCUUGACCUACAUAUGCCCAAGGCUUUCCUUAAUAAAGAAGAGACUGCUACUGUUGCCAAAGUGGUUAACAUGAUAAGGAAAAGUUCACAAUCUGUACCCAUGGACAAAUUAUCCAGUGAAAAAGGUCACGCAACAGAGAAAAACCGUGAUGAUGGGUUUCUAUUGUCAUCUGAUUACUUUACUAUUAGAAGACAAUCUCCAAAGGCUGAUCCUGUUAGGUUACUAGCAUGGCAGGAAGCAGGAAGAAGAAAUGUUGAGAUGACAUAUGUACGGUCCGAGUUUGAGAAUGGGAGUGAAACAGAUGAACACAUGCGGUCUGAUCCCAGUGAUGACGAUGGUUACAAUGUGGUGAUAGCUGACAAUUGUCAGCGUGUGUUUGUCUAUGGUCUGAAGCUUCUUUGGACUAUUGAAAACAGAGAUGCUGUCUGGGCCUGGGUUGGAGGUCUCUCCAAAGCAUUUGAAUCACCCAAGCCUUCUCCUUCUCGACAGUAUGCUCAGAGAAAAUUUGUUGAGGGAAACAAACAGUGUAAUGGAGCUGGUACCCGUCAAGAUAAUGUUUCCAGGUGUUCUCCUGCUGUUAAUAUUUCCAAUUCUCCUUCUCAGCAAGCAGGCACUUCUGUGUCACCAUCGUCUCCAUCAAAUACAGUUAAGGGGGACAACUUCCGCUCUGCUAUAAACGAUAGCAAAGAUGAUUCAGAGGGAAAGCGACACUUUAUGGUGAAUGUUAUUGAGCCGCAGUUUAAUCUGCAUUCAGAGGAUGCCAAUGGUAGAUUUUUGCUUGCUGCUGUAAGUGGUCGUGUUUUAGCCCGGUCAUUUCAUUCUGUCCUUCAUGUUGGUUAUGAGAUGAUUGAGCAAGCACUUGGUACCAAAGAUGUGCAUAUUAGUGAAUACGAACCUGAAAUGACAUGGAAACGAAUGGAGUUCUCUGUUAUGUUGGAGCAUGUGCAGGCUCAUGUGGCACCAACAGAUGUCGAUCCAGGAGCUGGAUUGCAAUGGCUUCCAAAAAUUAGUAGAAGUUCUCCGAAAGUGAUGCGUACAGGUGCUCUUCUUGAGAGAGUUUUUAUGCCUUGUGAUAUGUAUUUUAGAUACACAAGGCACAAAGGGGGCACUCCAGAACUGAAGGUGAAGCCGUUGAAGGAGCUCAUAUUCAAUUCUCAUAAUAUAACAGCAACAAUGACAUCCCGUCAAUUUCAGGUCAUGCUGGACGUCUUGACCAAUCUUCUCUUUGCACGCCUUCCAAAGCCUCGGAAAAGUAGUCUGUCCUUUCCUGCUGAAGAUGAUGAAGAUAUUGAAGAGGAAGCAGAUGAAGUAGUUCCUGAUGGUGUUGAAGAGGUGGAACUUGCAAAAGUCAACCUUGAACAAAAAGAGAGAGAACAAAAGUUGCUUCUUGAUGAUAUUAGAAAAUUGUCUGCUUGGUGUGACACCCCUGGAUCUCCAUGUCCGGAAAAGGAAAGUGACUUGUGGAUGAUAACUGGUGGAAAAUCUGUGCUGGUGCAAGGACUGAAGAGAGAACUUUUAAGUGCACAAAAAUCCAGAAGGGAUGCAUCUGCAUCGCUAAGGAUGGCACUACAAAAAGCUGCACAGCUGCGGCUAAUGGAGAAGGAGAAGAACAAAAGUCCUUCCUAUGCUAUGCGCAUAUCUUUGCAAAUUAACAAAGUUGUUUGGAGCAUGCUUGUCGAUGGUAAAUCAUUUGCUGAAGCAGAGAUUAAUGACAUGAUUUAUGACUUUGACCGGGAUUACAAGGAUGUUGGUGUUGCUCAGUUUACAACAAAAUAUUUUGUUGUCAGAAACUGCCUACCCAAUGCCAAGUCCGAUAUGCUUUUGUCAGCAUGGAAUCCUCCGUCUGAAUGGGUAAAAAAAGUGAUGCUUCGAGUGGAUGCAAAACAGGGAGCUCCAAGAGAUGGAAAUUCUCCCCUUGAACUUUUUCAGGUAGAGAUUUAUCCCCUUAAGAUCCAUUUAACAGAAACCAUGUACAGAAUGAUGUGGGAGUAUUUCUUCCCAGAAGAAGAACAAGACUCUCAACGCCGACAGGAGGUUUGGAAGGUUUCAACCACCGCUGGUGCAAAGCGUGUAAAGAAAAGUUCAUCACUCAAUGAAGUUUCUGCUUCAAGCAGUAACACAACAAAAGAGUCUGAGGCUUCAUCGAAAUCUGGCAUCUCUGCGAUGCUAUUUUCUUCAAGUCAGCCGGCUGAUUCUGCUCAAGCCUCCAAGGUGUCAAAUGUCAAAGCAAACCCCAGUACUGGUACUGAUCCCGAGUUGAGAAGAACUUCCUCGUUUGACAGAACUUGGGAAGAGACUGUGGCAGAAUCUGUAGCUAAUGAACUUGUCUUACAAAGCUUCUCUUCCUCAAAAAAUGUCCCAUUUGGUUCUACUGAGCAACAGGAUGAUGGCUCCAAGAAUAAAUCAAAAGAUUCCAAAGGUUUCAAAGCUGGUCGCUCAUCUCAUGAAGAAAAAAAGUUGGCCAAGUCACAUGAAGAAAAGAGAUCUAGGCCACGAAAGAUGAUGGAGUUUCACAACAUCAAAAUCAGCCAGGUUGAGUUAUUGGUUACAUAUGAAGGACAGAGAUUUGUUGUAAAUGAUUUGAAAUUGCUGAUGGACCAAUUUCACCGGGUUGAGUUUACUGGGACUUGGCGAAGACUUUUCUCACGAGUUAAGAAGCACAUCAUCUGGGGAGUCCUAAAAUCUGUGACGGGAAUGCAGGGUAAGAAAUUUAAUAACAAAGGUCAGAGUCAGCCCACUGGAGCUGGUGUUCCAGAGAUUGACCUUAACUUUAGUGACAAUGAAGGCCAGGCAGGAAAAUCUGAUCAGUAUCCACCAUCUUGGCCAAAGCGUCCAAGUGAUGGUGCUGGUGAUGGUUUUGUAACAUCCAUUAGAGGACUGUUCAACACUCAACGCCGCAGGGCAAAGGCAUUUGUGCUCCGAACAAUGAGGGGUGCAGAAGACAAUGAUUUUCAAGGGGAUUGGAGUGAAAGUGAUGUUGAGUUCUCUCCUUUUGCCAGGCAGCUGACAAUUACGAAAGCUAAAAAGCUUAUUAGGCGGCACACAAAGAAGUUCCGCUCCAGAGGACAGAAAGGCUCAUCCUCACAACAAAGAGAAUCGCUACCAUCAUCUCCAAGAGAGACAACCCCAUUUGAUAGUGAUUCUUCAAGCGGAUCCUCACCAUAUGAAGAUUUUCAUGAGUAGAAAUGGUUUCAGUAAUUCCUUUACUUAUCAGUUGUGUGCCACAUAAAGUACUCUCUCUGGCAGCUGACCUUUUCUCUGUUGAGAAAGAACUCGAUGGAAGAAACUUAAAGAGAUACAUGAGCAGAGAGGUCAGGCGUAAACUGGAAAGAAAACAGGGGACUCGAGAUAUUUUGGCAAUGCUAUGUUGAUUGAUUGAUACUCAAAUGUGUAUACUCACCAAUGUUGAUUAUAGUCAAAUGUGUAUGCUCACUGGCAACCCAAGAGAUCAGUGUGAUUUAGGGCCUUGCUUUCAUCCCCUAUCUUCCCAUUUUCUGUUACCAUCAACCACAGAUUUCCAUUCCUCCAGAUCUCCAGUAACGGACAUCUACCAGGUCAUCCUUGUGUUGUAUAUUCUUGUAGCCACAGAUCAAUGUGCAUUUUUGGGCUCCUAAAUGUAUUAGAUAGAAAAUUAGGACCCUAAAGGUUGACAUGAUUUUGUACAGACAUUUGAUUAUAUUUUGAAAAAUAGAAUAAAAGCAAUAUUCUCUCUUAA